AUGAUUCACCCAUUUGCUCUUGGGCUGAGCGGAUUGCUGACUUCCGCUGCGGUGUUGGGUGGUCACUUGCCUGCGGCUUUAUUUUUAGUGUACAUGGCACUAUUGCGAGGACCACGCGGGUCAACCUCACGUGUUGUUCUCUCUUUCAUUGCCCUGUUUGCCUCUCUGCAGCUUGCGGCGACACUGUUGGUGAAUGUCGUCGUCGCCGCCUCUGAUGUCUCGCGGGAGGCGAUAUUUAAAAAACACCGUAUCUUAAUAGAGUCUCUUGGGAUUUAUGAAGUAGGGGCUGGUGCGAAUGGCUGGAUAGUUGCAGGGGCCACGAUCCCAUCUGGAUUACUGUUGAUUUACGUUUUUAUGUUUUGGACUAAAUUAACGCAUCGUGUUCGUAUAAAUCAUAUACGACCAGUUUUGACAACAAUUUCUUGGGCUUUUGUGAGUGUUACAGCAGCGUUAAUAGCUCCAACUGUAUUGAGUGGAAUAUUACUUUUAGUUGGAAUGAUUGCCUUUGUGUGUAUUGCCUUGGGAGCAGAAAGAAUAUUAUUUGGAACAUCCGAUUGUCGUCUUUCUCUCUUUAUUCUCUAUAUAAGCUCUCUUUUUGGAAUAUUGGCCAGUUGUUUAAUUUUGGUGAUAACAUGUGUUUCUCAAAAUGCCAGCAUCGCUUACUUUUUGCGUCAUGUGAAUGCCAUGUAUGGUAUUUCUAAACUAUACAAUUUACCUUUAGAUAUUGCCAUUCGUCGUUUUAUACAAGUUUGUUUAAUGAUGACAUCUCUCUUUCUUGCACAGAUUGCUCUGGAGUGUCAAGGAGAGUUUGUGCAGCGGGAACGGGCAGAUGUGCCUUUCUUGCAUGAGAGAAGAAGAAAUCAUCAUUUACCCCGUAUUGGUCAACGAAUAUCUGUUCAUGUUAAUAUAGGAGCUAUCACUACUACUAAUACUAAUACUAAUACUAAUACUAUUAGUAGUGGACGUCCAUCUAGACAUCUCCGAACAACACAAAGUUCAUUAAGUAGUAGUCAUAAUGGAGUUGUUAUGAUAAUGGAGCGUAUUAGUAUGGCGUUUGAAAGUGUUGGUAUUUGGAUUAUACGAACACUUCUCGCCAGUUCACGUUUACUACCUUUAGCCCUCAUGGCCGCUAAUAUGAUUGCCUUUCCGACGAUAGUUUCACUAAGUAUGCUUCCCACUAUGAUGGCUGGUCAAUUGAUGCGACGACAAUCUUUUGCCAUUCUUCUUCGCCCAACACUUGUUCUUUCUUUUCUUCUUGUGUUAUUACAGUUUAUUGUGUUGGCUACAAGGGAGGUACAGCCAAUUCUCAUGCAACAUCUUUUAUUAAGUGAUGAAAAUAGAUGGGCAUCUUUGGUUCAGGUGAUUUGUAAUGAAAUUAUAUUUCUCUCUAUCGUUACAGCGGAUGUGGUGAUUAGACAUCAGUCACGUUUUAAGAUUUCAGAAGAGAAUCAUGAUGAUGAUAAUGAUAACGAUAAUACUACUAAUGAUAAUGAUAAUGAUAAUAAUAAUGAGGAUGAUGAUAUCGUUUCAUCCUCAGAAUUACCAUUACCACUAAGUGAGGAAGGAGAAAAAGAAGCCGUAGCAACAGCAGAAGAAGAGGCACCAUUACCAUGGACUGUACGGGAGAGAGUUGAAAAUAAUUUAUUUAAAGGAGAAAAUGAAGAAAACAUUUACAGCAAUCAUAAUAGUAACAGAAAUAGCAGUCGUUACAGCCACAAGAUUAAUAAUAAUAAUAAUAAUAAUAAUAAUAAUAAUAAUAAUAAUAAUAAUAAUAAUAAUAAUAAUGAGUUAUUGGAAUAUGUUGCUGGUAAUGGUAUUCAGAGAUCGGCCACACAUGUACUUGGUGAACAGCGUGUGGGAGAACUACUUUCAUAUAUAUCACAAGGUCAUUUUCAAACGCAGGAGAAAUUUGAGGAUUUAUUUUUUCGUCUUGUCGGCCGCUAUCCUCUUGCUGAAGAAGAACGUUUACUUUGCAAGGAUAGAAUUGGUGAUGCUAUUUUAAAAGAAAAAUUACAAGAAUCCAGACAGUCUCUUUUAACACAUUAUAUGCAUUGGAUAGGAGUAUUAUUUAUGAACCAUGCGGUUGUUAUUGCAUUACUAAUGCUGUAUAUAGUGGGUUCAUUUACUUAUCAUAUGGAUAUUUUUCAUGCCGUUGUACUUCUACUUUUUAUUCUUUACUUUUUCUUACCAGAUGUAAUCGAUACAAAGUGGGUACCUGUGGUAAUAUAUUUAAUGUUAUUAGCCUCUUUUGAACUUGUAUUUACCUUUGUGAGUCAAUUCUUUACUUUACCUAUAUAUGUAAUGGGUAGUCCAAUCAGCUAUGCAACGAUUGGGUUUGUACCUCUACGAUCUCGCUAUGAAGGAAUUCCUUAUUUGGUAGCGGUAUUCAUGAUGUCUUUUUUAUUUAUGCGAGUACGUGUUUGUCGUUCAUGGGGAGUGGUGAUAUCAUUAUAUGAAUGGAAUCAAUUUUGUCAAUGCACAGCAGCGAAGGAAUGGUCUAUGCGCAUUACAGCCACCGUCACAACCGCCGUCUUUGUGGCUCUUGGUGUAUUUCUACCGCGAUCUAUUAUUGUUGAGGGAUUUCUUGCCCUUGUGCUUCUUCUAGUAACGACAGUUGCCUUUUUUGGUUUAUCUAGUAAAUUACUACAUGCACUUUGGCUUUUAGCUUCUGUAUAUAGUUUUAUGGUUGUAUGCACCACCUCCUUAUGUCAAUUUACACAAUUAUCAUCUUUACUACAAAUAUAUAUAUUUGAUCGGCUUUGUGGGAGUUCCAAUCACUGUGAAGAAGAGAUUGGAUUAUAUCCGGCAGAUGGAGAAUUGCUGCUGGUAUUUUUUCUCGCUCCUUGGUUUUUGGCCUUUGCAACGACAGUACCGCACCUCACCGCAAAAGAUCCCAUUCAUAAUGAACAUCAAUAUAUAGAAAAUGAUGAAACGGAGAGGAAUAUCACAGAGAAUCGCUAUCUACAAAGAGAAGAGGAAAGAGAAGAAGAAGAGAGAGAAGAAGAAGAAGAAAGAGCAUAUAAAGAGCAUAUAGAUACAUAUAUGAUAGUAAGACGUUUAUCCUCCCUACCAUUUGGAACAGAUGAUCAACGUUUUCUACGACAUUUUGGACAGUUUCUGGCAGCAAUGAAUACAUUAGGUUCAUGGAUUACUACAUUUGGGGCAGAUUACGGUAAAAUAUUAGUUUGGAUAGCACUAUUUAUUGCCGCCUCACGUCGUCUCACUGCUAUGAGUGCUGUUUAUAUGAUUUUCUUUAUUCUAAACUUUACACAUAUCUCUGUAUUAAUUUAUUGUAUUCUACAUAUAGUGACUCUCUACACAUAUAAAUUUUCGUUUGUACCAGAGAUCACAUAUGAGUUUCAUGGUAUACGAUUAGCGGAAUUAAUUGGACUCAAUAAAGGUGGUGAUGCCUCUCCUUUUACACAAGUUGUUGGACCUGUACUUGUUUUCUUUGCUGUAUUAUUUUAUAUUAAUACUCGAGGUGCGAAUAAAAAUAUUAGACGAUUGCAACGUACAGAAGGACCAGAGAGUUCUAGUUGGAAAACUGUUCUCUGUACACAGUUAUUUUUCUACGCCGGUUAUGAAGGUUUUGUCUUGACCUUACUUAUUCUUCUUGCUCUCUCUGGGGAUUCAUGUACAGGAGUUUUAAUAGCUUUUGCGCUAUUGAUUGUAUUAACAUCUGGAAGGGAAAGAUUUCAUUUCCGAAGUCUUUCCUUUUUAUUUUUGUUAAUAUUAUCACUUACACUUCUUUGGCAAUAUGCACUGGAACUGAAUGCGGCGAGAAAUUUAUUUCCUACUGUAAAUGAGGCAAGAAAUAAUAAAAUAGAAAAAGAUGUUUGGAGUCGUUGGGCAUUUACUUCUCAUAAAAGUAUAUUAAUCGGUAAUUUCAUAGCAGUUAUGUUACUACACAUAAAUCGUGAACAAUCUGGUGAUAUGCAUGUAUACUUUUCACUUAUUCGUUCUCAAUUUAAUGGAUAUAGUACACUUAUUCAAUAUAUUCAAAGUGCAUCGGUAAAAUCUUUACAACGAUUACCGCAAGAAACGUUUGAUCGUGUGGUUCCAAACUUUAUGGAAUCUUCUCCACCGAGUCUUCUUGGUAGUAUCACCACAGUUGUUAUUUUUGCAUUUUCUUAUUUAUAUCCAGUUGCCAUCUUUUCCUUUGCGGCGGGUGUGGCCUCUGAACCAUCUCUCAUCAAUCUCACACUCUUAUUAGGUGGUUUACUGCAGGUCUCCCGAUUUGAAUUACUCCAUUGGAAAUUCUUUCGCCUCUGGCCUCCCAUCUCAACAGCGUAUACUUUACUUAUUUAUCUCCCGCCUCUUUGCAAUGCCCCUUAUAUUCGACAAUUCCUACAAGAUGCACAACAACGAAAUCUCAUGGAGGUGAUUGGUCUUAUUGAUCACAAUGCCGUUCUUUUUCACUUUACACCUCUGCACAUUUUACUGCUUCUCUGCGUUACUCUGCAAACACGUGUGUAUAGUGACUUCCGCUACAGUAAAGUCCUGCGGCGACUCUAUCGACAUACGUACAUGCGGCAGGAACGGCAUGAACGGCUCUGGCGCUGGCUGGCGGAAAAGUACGCGGGCGAACAAAAACAAGUGGACGAGCGGCGGCGGGAAUUACAAAUGAAACUGCAGGAAGUGCGGCGAACACUACAAACAGCGGAUGGGGCUUGGCGACCAGAGAAUAUUCCACGCGAACGAACACUCGCAGAGGCCUCUCAGGGAAGUCGUAGAGGUCUGCGAAGACGGUAUAUACAUAAGGAAGAUGAAGAGGAGAAAAAGAAGAAGAAUGAUGAGAAGACGAAUAAUAAUAAGAAUAAUAAGAAUAAUAAGAAUAAUAAGAACAGUGCUAGUGCUUAUGAGGAGGAGGAGGAGGGAGAGGCCUCUCAAAAGAGGCAAUUGCAGGAACAACAAGAGGAUGAAAAAGAAAAGGCAUUAUCUAAUAUUAGCUUUAAAAGUUCAUUUACAUUAACAGAUAAACGUACAAAACGUGGAGAAGAUUUUAAAGCCUCUAUGAACUCUAUGAUUCAUUCAUGGGUAAUAACAUUUACAGAUUGGUUAGCUCUUCACACGUAUGAACCACAUAAAUACACGGCUGCACAUUAUAAAGGUUUGUAUAGACGUCUCUUUUAUGUAACUAUUAGAGCUAUGGAAAGACACACCGCCAUGGUGACGCUUGUAGUAACGAUGAUUAACUUUAUGCUUACACAUUGUUUAUGGGAACUCGUGCCGUUUUGUAUUAUUCUUGUGAUUGCAAAUACAUACAACCCAUUUCCCCCAAAGUUUCUCUUUACAUUUCUUUCUUUCUAUGUGGCAUUUGGAAUUCUUAUAAAAGCACUUGUGGGUAUGACUAUAUCACGACUUCCCUAUUCCCCAGAGUUACUUAAAUUCUUAUCAUGUACUAUUCUUCACAUCUCUGAAGGGAAAUAUUGGGAAGAACAAAUUGGAUAUUCAUAUGUGAUGAUGGACUUUAUUGUGUAUGCUGUAUUGUUAAUGCAUCAGGAUAUUUGCUUAUCUAAUGGUGUUUAUUGUAGAAAAGAUAUUCUUGCAAGUCGGGGAGACGUGGAGACGGUUUUACCGAAUACACUCGAGCAGGACACCAUAACGAAUAAUAUCUCUACAAAUAAGGAAAUAGAAGAAGAAGAAGAAGAAGAAGAAGGAACAAAGAUAACUCAAGCUGUUUCUUCUUUAUCUACUCUUCCUCCUUCUCCUUUCUUUGCUGCUCCGGUUGAGGAGAGAGUAUCUAGAGAAAGAGAAAGAGAAGAGAAUGCCUUAGCUUCCACCGAUUCCCGUAUGCAUAUUGUUGGACAACAUGUUAUCACAAUGAAUUUAAAACUUCGAUCAGUUGUUUGUGAUUUUGUGCAAAACGCCAUUACAACUCCCGGUACUGGACGUGAUUGGUAUGUUCUUUCUUUUCUCGUGGAGAUAAUUGCAUUGAUAACGUUUAUCUUUGGAUAUAAUAAAAUGACUGAUGGAGCUGAUGGUUCUAUUCAGGAAAGUGUUAAACGAAAUCUUCUUCCUGGACCUCUUGUUAUUAUUGUUUUGGUUUCCAUUCUUUUUCUCAUUGCCGAUCGUAUGUUGUAUGUAAUGCGAAGUGCAACUUGGAAACUCUUGUUAAAUACAGUUUGUGGAAUUACAUAUUGUGUUUGUUAUUUAUUAUGGGGAAAUCUUGUAGAUGUUCAAUCUCGUGUGGUGGGAAAUGUAUUCUUUGUAUUAAAAAUAUUGGCUCUCACUAUUUCCGUUCUUCAAGUACGUAUUGGAUAUCCCAUUCAUCGUCGACAUGAUCCCUUUACCUGUACAAAGGGAAACUCUCAAAUUGUAUCUAUUUUUUAUAGUAUUUAUCGUAUUAUACCGUUUCUCUGGGAUUUACGGGUAUUAACAGACUGGACAGUCGAGCGUACAGCACUUCGGCUUGGGAAUUAUUUAAAGAUUGAAGAUCUGCAUGAUAUUGUUUAUAAUCGAUGGGUUGAAAUUUACAUGGCACGCGAACAACAACCCGUUCUUGGGACGAGAGUACUCCGUUCCGCAAAACUCAUAGAUGGUGUCUUAUCACUGGCUAUUAUUGUGGUGGCUCUCAUGGCCCCAUUGGUAUAUUACUCCACCUUUAAUCCUUCUAUUCAAUCUAAUGGGAUUACACAAAUGCGUGUGAGUCUUUCACUUAUGUCUUCUCAACAUUUUUAUGCCUCUACAGUUUUCACUGCAACUCCAUAUCCAGAUGAAUGGAGAUUAUGGUUAGCUCGAACACGUCCAUCCCUUGCUCAAGAAGGAAUGAUAGAUGAUAAAAGGACCUUGCAAUUGAUUGAUACGAGUUCAUGUAGUAGUGAAUUAUGGCCAAUAAGUCCACAGGCGUUUAGACAACUACAAUCACAACUAACGGAAGUAAUGGAAAAUAAAACCAUUAUGUAUAUGUUUCAAUCUUUUGAACUCUCACGUAUGCAUUCUUCAAGUACUUUAACCUAUACAAAUCGAUGGAAAAUUCCAUGGAAUACGGCUCGUGAUAUUCAAGAGAUGUUAAAUAAUGUCUCUACUAAUGAAACCAAUUAUGUUGAAUUGAAGAAUUUCUACUCACCUUUUAUUUUUAAUCGACCAGAUGGUGUUAAAAUGUAUGAUUUUGCAAAUGGUAAAAAUGCCAUGGAUUGUACGAUUCUACUUCGUCGUGAAGUGGAUCCAUUAAUAAACGAUACCGUACGAUAUUGGUGUUUGAAGUGUCAAUCACUCUUUACCAGUGGGAAUAUCCCAUACGAUAACACCACCCUCUUCCCAGAGUGGAAUUGUCUCACCACCGGUGAGGAUUGUGAGGAGUACAAUUAUGAGAAACCAAAUAGAGAUGAGGCAUACAAUCCUGUUCCAAUGUAUUACGUGAUAUUAUCAGAUCCAACUGCGGGUGGAGUGCCAUUCCUGGAAGGUAUAGGAAUAAUUGCACUCUACACAACUUUUGUGCUGGCGCUUGGUAGAAUGUUUAGAGGAAUGUAUGCAAAUAAGGCAAAGAAUGUCAUUCUAACGGAUAUGGCAGAUCCCACACCAGUAGCACAGUUAAUAGAUUACAUCUCUAUUGCAAGAGAAUGUGGAGAUAUGCGGCUUGAGCAAUCUGUGUACUUUGAACUCAUUGAUCUCUUGCGAUCACCUGAACGAUUACUGCGGCUUACGGGGUUUAACAGGCGUAUGUAUGAUGCCGAUACGGAUAUGAUCUUAUCGCCAUCACCUGCAGCCGCACUGCAGUACAGUAGUGCUGGUGCUGGUGGUGUUGAGUCGGAUGGAAAUGGCAAUCCAAAUAAUAUGAACAGUAGUCCUGAUAGCAACAAUCAUAAUAAUAAUAAUAAUAAUAAUAAUAAUAAUAAUAAUAAUCAACAAGAACAAGAAGAGGUGCAACAGGGUCAGUUUUCUAAUGAUAAUCAUAAUAAUCAUAAUAAUGUGCCCAUCGCUAGUAAUGCUAAUGCUGAUAACAAUAAUAAUAAUUAUUAUUUAUCAGAGCGUGGUGAUGAUAGUGCACAGGAACCGGAGACUAGAAGGUCGGAUAAUCAUCGGAAGGACGAUUAA